CCUCUUUGAGAAUUUGAGUCGAAUUAUCUCUCCCAACUACGUUCCCUCUGAGACUGAUGUUUUAAGAGUGCGAGUACGAACCUGUGGAAUCAUUGAAACACAAUUUCAAGUGAAUGAUUUAGUUUUUCGAUUUUAUGAUGUUGGUGGACAGCGCAGUGAGCGAAGAAAGUGGCUUAACUGUUUCGACUGCAUUGAUGCCCUUUUGUUUGUUGUGGCGCUAAGCAGCUAUGAUGGCACACUGACAGAACAGUCAUCAACGAGUAAGUUACUGGAGAGUCUUGAACUGUUCUCAUCCAUCUGCAACAAUGGGAUUUUUAACAAUACAUUAUUAAUUUUGUUCAUGAACAAGGCAGAUCUUUUCCAAGAGAAGAUUUUAAACUCUGGAAGACACCUAAAACUGUACCUUCCAUUGUAUACAGGAGCAGAUUGUGAUGUGGAUGCGGCUGCUAACUACAUUACUACCAUGUUUUCAUCGUGUAACACCAAUACUGACAAACAUGUGUAUCAUCACUUCACAACUGCCACAAACAGUGACAGCAUGCAUGUGGCCUUCCAGAUGCUCACUGAACAGAUUUUAAUGGAAAAUAUUGCAAAUUUCCAUUUGAACUAG